AUAGGAAGUAGCGGUCGAUGCGGCAUCUACUCUCUAUUAUAUCUAUGGUCCCACUGGCCGACUCCGCCCUCGAAUGCUAUCAGCUGUUCAGCCUGGAUCCGACCGGAAGCAGGUUUUCAGGAAGAGCUUUCGCUGAGCGCAAAAACCUUCGUGAAUAAAAGUGCUGUCUUCUCUGGUGCUUGCGGGGGGUGUGCUCCUUCAGGGUUUCAGAGAGGAGGCAGCGGUCAUGUUGCUUCCGCGGGUCCUCUGCUCCCCCCGCGCCGCUGGGGCCGUCGGGACUCGCUAGCUUAGCCCGAGCAACCUUUACAACCCCUAGCAUCUUAAGCCGUCUGUGUUGGACCCCUUCUGCUGUGGUGCUGGGAUGGCAGUCCUCACCUCUGGAACAUGUCAGGACCCCCCUCAGGGCCUGGGGGGCCAGGGCGAGCUGACUCACUCGUCAAAAGAAACUCCAGGAUCUGCAGACGCCUUCGAGUUGGGCAGCCCCCGCUGUUCGCCUAACCUGGACCUCCUGAACAUGGUUGUGUCGUACAAGAGGAUGGCGGUGUUCCUGGAGCCGUUGGUAGACGUGGUGGAUGUGAUCGGCUUCCUGCUCAGAUGGAAGAUGCCGCUUUGCUCUCUGUUCGUUUGGGUUUUUCUCAAUAUUUUCUUCUGCACUGUGUCUGAAGUUGGUUGGUUCACCUUAAGUAUGAUGGGGUUGUUGCUUCCGGCCGCUGUGGGUUACCUGCAGGACAGGUGCGGCAACAAACGUCCAGAGGAUGAGCUCCAAAGGAGGCGCAUUUAUGCUGUCCAGCGCAGAGACUUGCAGACGGUGCAGCUGACCAAGCAGGAGGCCAUGAUGGAGGUCAAAGAGAUGUUGAAGCACCUGGAUGACUCGCUGUCAUCAGCCUGUCAGUCUGCAGAAUCCGUUUACAAGCUUCUGUACUGGGACGACCACUGUACCUCAUCAAGGUUCUACGCUGGAUUGCUGACGCUGGUGUGUCUGCUGUACGUGGCCCCUGUGGGCUGGGUGUUGGCUGCGCUCACCAGCGCCUCCUUCCUGUGGAACAGAGACUUUUGCAGAGUUUUAUUGGACCUCCGUAGGCUCUUCCAGCGGGGGCAGAGCUCGUCCUCAGAAGGCGUGUGCGAAGAACGAGAGCUGGGCAGUCUGAUGGAAAGGACCCCCACGCCGACCAGCCUGGAGGACCUGUCUCCAGGCAGUGUGGAGGAGGCGGAAGAGGCAGAGCCCGAUGAUGAAUUUAAGGAUCCUAUUGAGGAAAGCUCAGUUAUGCUGCAGGAGGCCCCUUUGGUCAUGUUGAGGAACUGCAGUAACUGUGGCAACAGCUUCUGCUCCCGAUGCUGCUCCUUCAAGGUGUUCAGGUCCUGCAUGGGGGCCACAGCUCCGGAGGCUCAGAGAGAGACCGUGUUUGUGUGCGCCGCCUGUAACUCCUCCCUCUCCAAGUCACAGUGAGCUCUUCCUCUCGAGAAACCUGCAGCUUCUCUGACACCCUUACUGUUUACGUUCUUUGGACCUAAAGAGUCUCAGAGGCAGAAUUCAAGAGAGACUGUGGCUGAGGGACACAUUCCCCUUUCUGAGCAGAGAGAAGUGAAGUUCCUGCGGGGAAUGUGAGGAUGACCUGAAGGAGCUUUUUGAAAACCGUUCGAGAUUUGUGUUGCUUUGUCCUGCUGUCUGUGAGUUUUAGAUUUCUUUUAGUUUCUGGACAGGAUCAAACACACUGCCUCAGGUCUUUGUUUUACUGGAAGCUGAUUGCACAUGGGGUUCAGGAUGUAACGGUGGAGUCUGAGACCUCUAACUGGAUGACGGAUGGCUUCACUGGAUCAAAACCAUCUGAAUUCUUCAGAACAUUUAUCUGGACUCUGAGGCAUUAGAUCCAGUUGGUCAAAAUGUUUUAAUUACAAUUCAGACAUUGUUAUGACAACUGUUUGCUUUUAUUGUGAUCUUAUUAAUCAUUUAUGUAAACUUUAUUUAAGCAUUUUUGUCUGGUGGUGUUCUUUCGUCUGUAUUUAUUGACUUUAUUGAAUGGAUGUUGAAAUAAACUCUUCAGGUUUGUUUGA